GCCUUUAAAUCUAAAGUGAAACUAGGUAAAGUUUCCCGCCAAGAAGAAUGAAAGAGAAUGAAGCAGUUACAGAUCUCAGCUCUUACAAGAAUCGCUAUUAUUGGAAUAGUGUUUUCCCACAUACAUCUCGGAGUAGAGGCUCAGGCAUAUUGUACGGGAACAAGGAAUGGAGGUAACGCGACUCUGACGUGUACGAUCCCGUCUCAUAUAGAUUUGGAUAUUGUACAAGUCACCUGGCAAAAGAGAACAGGAAAUUCUUAUGACACUAUGGUGACAAACAGUAGAAGGUUCGGGGUUAAAACGUCCAAACCCUAUGAGAACCGGAUCAUAGUUCUACCAACCAAAGACCCAAAGACGUCGUCCAUCACCAUUUCACAGCUGGAAAAAGAGGAUGAUACCUGUUUUACAGCAAUUUUCAACAUAUAUCCUGAUGGAUCCCUGAAAGGAGAAGUUUUCCUGCAAAAACUUAGUGAAGUCAGGGAAGUCAUCUGUAAGAGUACAGCAGACAUGAGUAUAACGUUAGACCCUGCAAUGAUAAAAACCCAACUCUCAGACCUGAGUGGAUCCACCAUUCAGAUAGGAAGAUGGCUCAAUAAUGCCAUAUCUCCAGUGUGUAACUUCAUGCUACUAGAGAAGGCAAGAAGAAAGAGAAGUGUUCAAGAUAAGGAUGAAGUAUUCACCGUUGAGUGUAACGCAUCUGGAAAACAGAAAGCUAAGAUAACCUGGCCUGAUGAAGGACGAGCCGUAAGUAAAGAAGAGAAGGUGAACAUAACUGGGGAUCUCAUCACAGUCACAAGUACGCAGCACCACUCCCUGGCAACAUUUCCCGAAGGAAAGACAAUAAGGUGUACUAUAUCAUACAGCCAAGAUGAUGGGUCUACCAGUGCACAACAUAGCGAUCAUGAGUCUGCCAGUCUACAUGGUGAAGAGCUCCGUCAUGAGGGAAGUCUAGACGUCACCAUCACCAGAAUUAUACUUCCUUCCAUAUCGCUACUCUGUGUGGUCAUCGCUGCUGUGUGUUACUACUUCUUAUUACGCAGGAAAAAGCCUUAUUCCCCAAAGAAAAAUGACAAAGCCGAGAAGGGUUUACUAACCCCAGGGAAACAUCUUGCUUCUAAUAAUGUUGGGACUCCAGGAACUGAGAUAAAGCAAAGAAAAGAAACUGAGAAAAAGAGAAAAGAAAAGAUUCAGAAGAAUACACAAGAUUCGGGUUAUAUUCUCGCUCACACAGAUGAGAUAAAACAAAGAUCUGACAUGAAACAAAGAAAAAGUCCAAGUAAGAAGAUAAAAAACAGCAAAAAGGAACUAUUUCAUGAUGGACGAGCUGCAGGACCGCAGGAAGGAGAGGAACUAGACGGGAUAGGGCACUUACGCUAAAUCCGCUGGUUUACUGCACUAUACAGGGGUCAGAUAUCCCAGGUCCCCCUACACAUUUUUUGCUCGCCGAUUCCGAAAAAAGGGGCAUGGCUCAUAUUUAGGUGUAUUCUGCACCAUAUUUUUAAUGUUGAUUCAUCACUUUUUGGUGCACCUAGGUGUCACAUUUACAAGAGGUGUAAACAGAGCCCCUUGACAUGUAAUUUUUUAAAUUUCUUUUUAAGCAUACCUGUCAUAUCAAAGAAAAAAUAUUGCUUCUAUAUAGUGCUCAGUAAGCCAUGCAGAUUAUUUACAUGUGUUUUUUAUGUGUUUAGUUUCUGUAUUGUCUUACAAAUCCCUCUGUUCUGCUGCUUACUCAUUUUGAAAUCUACUGCUCAGGAAAGGGCGUGUCUGAGGCAAACUCUGAGCCCGUCCUCAAUCACCAUGCAUUCACUUCCUCUUAGAGUCUGCUGUGCUGUGCUGGGUCUCUUCAUCCAAUCACUGCAGGCUGCUCUGUAACCCCUUCCUCUCUGUUUUCAUAUUGCAGUCUGAUAGAACAGGAGUGAGCACAGAAGAGUGCUAGUCCUGCCCUCACUUCCCGGACUUUGUCACAGUCUGUGCUUCAGCAGGGACAAAGAUGAUGUUGCAGCCUGAAAGGAUUAUGUUCUGGAUGGUAUGGGGACCCCUAGUGGUCUCUUUUAUAAGCCAUGAUUUCUAUAAAAAAAUAAAAAAUAUUAAAGAUACUGUAUUAGAGCUGUUAAUGUUUUGCCAAGAUUUUUGACAGUGCCUAUUUAAGGUUCAUAAAC